AUGGCUCCUUCCAACAACCCCGAACUCCAGAUGGGUCAGGUCUUCGAUGUCAAGGACAAGGUCGCCCUAGUGACUGGUGGUGGCUCUGGCAUUGGUCUGAUGAUCACUCAAACUCUCGCUGUCAACGGAGCCAAAGUGUACAUUGUAGGCAGGACAGAAGAGAAGCUAGAGAAGGUUGUGGAGGUACAUGGACAGAACAUCGCGGGUCAGAUCAUUCCGAUCGUUGGAGACGUCAGCACAAAGGAGGGUGUGUCAAAGAUCAAGAAGGAGAUUGAAUCAAAAGAGAAGUGUCUAUGCGUACUGGUCAACAACGCGGGUAUCGCUCCAGGAAAGACAGAGGUCAAAGGUAGCGCUGAUGAGCUAGUCGAAAAGCUCUUCGACGGCACAACUGAGCAAGAAUGGCUCGACGUCUACCAAACCAACGUGGUCGGCCCUUUCCUCAUGUCCACUGCCUUCCUCCCCUUGCUCCAAAAAGCCACAGAGACUCACAAGGGUUACUCCGGCACUAUCAUCAACAUCAGCUCCAUUUCUGGUCAUAUUCGCAUCUCACAGGGUCACUUUGCCUACAACAGCAGCAAGGGCGCUGCAAUUCACCUGAACAAAAUGCUCGCAAGUGAGAUUGCGAAGAACGGUAUCAAGGUCCGCGUCAACUCCAUUGCUCCCGGUGUUUUCCCCUCCGAGAUGACCACCCAGGAGAGCCGAGACGACAACCAGAAGAGUGAGAUGCCCAAGGAACACAAGGAAGGUCUUCCAGCUCAGCGUCCUGGUAAGGACCAGGAUAUGGCUGCUGCUAUCUUGUUCGCUGUCGGAUGCCAGUACCUUAAUGGCCAGACUGUCACAGUCGAUGGCGGUUACGCGAUCCAGGUCGGUAACUAG